UACAUGUAUACAUGACAUUUACAUUGUGUUCAAAGUGAUUGCUUAUUUGUAAUUUUGACAGCGGGGAUUAACACAUUUUAUUUACUUUUUUUAUUGUAAAUAAAGAAUGUAACAAAAGGAUUAAACAUGCUCUAGUCAUUGGGUCAUUCAAGUAGAGAUUUAAACGUCAUUUUUGAAAUAUGCUGAGGAUUUGUUAACAUUGAAAACAUAUUUUAUAUGACAUCGUAAUGAAGACGGUUUCGAUGUUUUAAGCAAAAAUACGGAUUUGUACAAGAGUGAUUCUGAAAAGAGAAAGCGUAUUAAAAAAAGUUUCGCCACUUAGGUUCGGAUAUCUAUUGACAAAUUUACUAAGAACGUAGUAUAAGUGGACGAAACACGAUUUUUUCUUGGAAUUUUUUUAAUACCCACGUCGUGAGCAGUGAUGGUGCGAACAACGGCAGUUUGCGUAACGAUUUUGAUGCUGACAACGGCCGUUAGUGCUCAAACUAACGUGAUUACGGACACACUCUCCAAACUAACUACUCUGAAUAAUUACCGAUACAACAAUGUCUAUAGAUAUCAGGCAAGGUGCUCGUUACCAUGUAAAGGGUCAUACAAACCAGGCGAUUUCAAGGUCACAAUUUCUUUGGACAAAAUAUGCUCCAAUUUCGAGUCCUUUGGCAACUUCAAAUCUGCUCAAACCACAAGGAGCUCAGUUUGGUUCCUAAGCAACACAAACUGGAUCAGCAGCAACAGCCAAGGCAUGUGUCAGUUUGAUGUACAGUUUGAUCACACGCCACAAAAUCCCGUGCCAACCGGCACGUGCGAACAAGACUGGGAAAUGCCAUACGACUGCCAGAUUGAUGACGUCAAUGGGGCUGUAUUAUAUGGCUGGAUGACAUGUUUUAAUGUGGCGGCACAACAACUAGACGAGUGUUACAAUCAGACCGUAUUUUCCCAGUGUUGCAAUACAUGUAACAAAAACAGAUUUACUGACAUUGAAGACUGCCCAUUCGGUGACCUACGACCCUGGCAGUGUACAAGCAUUGAAGACUUUAAUUGCUAUGACAACAGUACUGAACAGAAUUGUUGUAAAACAUGCCAUGAUAAGGCCCAAGAUAGACAGCCAAAAAUAGAAGGCUGCCGUUACGGAGAUAAUGUUCCAAAUUUCUGUGCGGAUAUAGAAGAUUAUCAGUGUUAUGAGCAUGCAAGAGAAUGUUGUGAAACCUGUUAUUGGCGAUCGGAACCCAGUCAACCAGACUGUCUUUAUGGUAACAAGAAACCAGCAUUGUGUUAUGAUCUGUCUACAUAUCAGUGCUACAAUAAGACUGUAGAAAAUGAUUGCUGUGGAUGGUGUAAUGAGCUCAGAAAUGAUAACAACCCAGAUUGUCGGUAUGGAGACAGAGAGCCGAAAUGUAACAAUAUAGAGAGGUGGGAUUGUUACACCCCCAGAAUACUUGACACUUGCUGCGAGACUUGUGUUGAGCUGGCGGAUAAUAACUACCCAGAAUGUGCUUACGGUGACAGACGAGAUUGUUCGGACAUCUCAAGGGACGAAUGUUAUCGAGGCGAUGUAGAAGCUGAGUGUUGUGAAACUUGUAGAUUCAUACAAGAGAACAAUUGCUUAGAACAAAGCUUGGAUGAGGAGUACGACAUUGAUAUAUGUGGAGGACUGAACUCGCAGGACUGUUACAAUGAGGAUAAACGUAGUCAGUGCUGUUUUACAUGCAUUGAAUAUUAUAAACAAAAUACACAUCUUAGUGAAGAUUGUAAAUAUGGGAAUAGGGUUCCAAGCAGAUGUUAUUCAAUAAACAACACUGAUUGUUAUAAUGGGAAGGUGGAGACUGAAUGCUGUGAGACUUGUUCUUAUUACACACUGAGCAGUUUGCCUACACACUGUCGGUAUGGAGACCAAGCUAAUGACUGUCGACUUAGACCGCCAUAUGACUGCUACAAUUUAAAUGUACAAGAUAUGUGUUGCGAAACAUGUGCGGCAUACGAUAAAACUGACAGUCUUGGUGCAGCCUGUCGGUAUGGAGACAGACGUGAUGAUUGUUAUGAGAGAGGAAACUACAAGUGUUACAACGCAGAUGACCGACAGGAAUGUUGUAGAUACUGCCAGACUAUAGAAGAUAAGGAUAAUGUUGGUUGUGAGUUUGGUGAUAAAGAAGAGUCAUGUGACAGGAUAAAAGCGUCAGAGUGUUAUACGAGGGAGGGUAAAUGCUGUGAUACAUGCCCUACAAAACUCUCUGUUUAUAAUAUAGACAAUUGUGAAUAUGGAGACAGGGACAAUUGUUCUGGGAUCUCAAGAAAUGAUUGCUAUGAUCCAAAUACUGCAUUUAUGUGUUGUGAAACGUGCUGGUUGCAUAGCAACGGAAAUACCGGUGACUGUAGUUUUGGUGAUAAGUCCAGUGACUGCAGCUCAAUUAGCCCACAUGAAUGUUAUUAUCGUGAAAACGAGUGUUGUAAAACCUGUGAAAAACUCAUCAAUACAGCUACAGACUUGAGUUACUGUAAGUAUGGAGAUAGGCGUGUGGGCUGUUCCAAUAUAACAGCGGAUCAGUGCUAUGGGCAAAACACAGAGUAUCAGUGUUGUGAAACUUGCUUCAAUAAAAGAAGGACAGACCUUUCAGAUGAUUGUAUGUAUGGUGACAAGGCACGUUCGUGCAAGUCGUCACAAUUUCACGGCUCUGAAUGUUAUAUUGAUUCUCGGGAAGACCAGUGCUGCGAAACAUGUAGCGAACUGGAAACAAAUGACCGAGACUGCGAAUAUGGGGACAAAGAUGUGAAAUGUAGGGAUGUAGGACUGUUCCCAUAUUUUUGCUACAAUAAAACUGUAGAAAAUGCUUGCUGCUCAUCUUGUCCACAACUGUACGAUACAGCUUAUCCAGGCUGCGAAUAUGGGGACAAGUACGAGUUCUGUGAGUCAACAAAAUGUGUGGAUUACCCGUUUUUCCGGAGAGAAGAUUGUUGUUUUACCUGCUGGUAUUAUAAUGAUCAUUCUACGGACAUAACGUAUUCAACAACAUUUCCUACGUCUUCAUCUACAGACAAUGCUAGUCCAGGUGAAAAGAAAAAACAAGAUUCCAGUAGUAACACAUUACCGAUAGUGGGUGGAGUUAUAGGUGGCGUUCUUGUCAUUGCUAUAAUUAUAAUAGGAGCUUGCUUCAUCAUGAGGAGGAAGUCAAAUGCUGAGAAAGCGACGAAUAAAUUUACUGAUUUAUCAGUGGGCUCAAACACACAACCUCCCAACACAAGUAUACCAUCAUACCCCAGCAAUGGACAGAAGAAUGGUGGUAUAGGUAACCCUGGUUACAAUUCACGCCCAGAACAACCAAAACGGCCGCCACCCAAGAGACAGGAUUCAAAACAAGAUGAGGAGGUGUAUGAUUAUAUCAAUGAUAGUGAUGUCAGGUCAUUGCCUAGUAUUAAAAAACCUUCAGUUCCGGACAGAAUAGACGAAGGCGGAGCCGUUUAUUUAGAGCCUACAGCAGACGGAAAAGCUGAAUAUUUUAAUCCAACAUUCCAAAAUGACUCGUCCAAAGAUUAUCAUACCUACCAUGUGUUGCAAAAAGAUAGUAAUGUAGAGCGUGAAUACAUGAAGCUGUGAUAAAGCAUGUACAUAAAGUAGUUCUUUGGACAUUCUUGAAUGUACUGUUAGAAUCUUUAAAGCUGUGUGCCAAUAUAUCUGUAUGCAGCUGUGUGAACGAACAUACGAUGCCCUGUGUAUCAAUAUAUGCUGAGCUAUUGACUGAUUUGUUUACACAUGGAUGCAAACAUAUGCAGCUGUGUACUAGUAGAUAAAAAUUUAACAUACACUGCA